CACAACUGAUGCUCAACUACCAGAAAGGACAGAUCACGCAAACACAGUACAAGCUCCUGCUGUGUUCUCUGUAUGAGAUCUACCGAGCCCUCGAGGCAGAGCUGGACAGGAACGCCGAUCAUCCCGCAGUUCAGCCCAUCUACUUCCCUCAGGAGCUGGCCAGACUGGAGACUCUGGAGCUGGACCUGGAGCACUUCUUCGGACCCCACUGGAGGAAGAGGAUAACAGUGCCUGCCGCCACUCACAAAUACACCCAGAGACUGAGAGAAAUUGGCAAGAACAGCCCCAAUCUUCUAGUGGCACAUGCAUAUACGCGCUAUCUUGGUGAUUUGUCAGGAGGACAGGUGCUGGGCAAAAUCACCCAGAAGUCCUUGGGACUGAGUGGGAACAAGGGAGUUUUCUUCUUCUCGUUUCCUGGAGUGACGAGCCCCAACAGAUUCAAGCAGCUGUACAGGAGCAGAAUGAACAGCAUUGAGUUAACAGAGCAGCAGAGACGGGAAGUGCUGGACGAGGCCACCAGAGCUUUUGAGUUCAACAUUGAGGUUUUUGAUGAUCUUCAGAAAAUGCUGAGCAUCACAGAGGAAGCUUCAAGUGGAAAAGGAAAUGACGUCACAUCCAAAACUCAGUCAAAAACCUUCUCCAGCUCUCCAGUGCUUCAGUUCGCAUUGGGUGUGGGAAUCACUUUGGCAACGGUUGGAAUAGGAGUUUAUGCAUUUUGAUGCGUAUAACUGUUAAUCCUUAAAAUUUUGUAACAUCUUAAUAUUAUGACGAGAUAAAAUCUACAGGCUGAUCUUUAACACACACUAAUCAUGGAUAUUAUAAAACAUGCACCGAA